AUGGCAUCAUCAAACACAGAUCCAUAUUCCGAUCCAAACAUUCCUUACGCAAAUUUUCCUGAAAACCCCCGUUUUCACGAUGACCUUCAAAAACUAAAACAAGCAACUAUACUUAAACAGCUAAACAUUUAUUUGAACAUUUUGUCGGGGUUUGCCGUAAUAGCAUAUACGUUGCAUACAUCCGGAGAUAACGUAUGUACUUUUAUCGGAUGGUCAAUGUCUUUUCUUCCGACAUUAUAUCUUUUCUUGACGGUGAUGAUAGCAUUUAAUCUACAGAUCGUAUUUCUUCAUCGUAAGAAAGUUUCAUCUUUUUCUGAUCGAUGGUAUAUACCUGUUGCCUUCUUUACCUCUUUUGCUAUAAAUAUUCCACCUUUGAUUUAUCAUCGAUUUGGAUUUGAUACAGACGGAAGAACAUGUCUUUAUGUUAAUCCUACUAGUGAUGAAACACAAAUAUGGAAAUGGGCUACUUUUAUCAUUCCAGUAUCUUUGUCUAUGAUAUAUUGCACAUUAGUUCUUGCAAUUGUCAUAAUGAAAUUAAUUUUUGAACAUCGAAAACUGGCUGACGUAGUUCAUACACAAAAAAGUAAUGCAACUUUAACCGAAAAAAACAAACGACAAAAGUUACUCUUGUUGAAAUUAGUUAGUCGUAUUUCUUUGUAUGCUGCAAUUCCUCUUUUGAAUGUUAGUGGAAUUGUCGUUGAAUAUACUUGGUUAUUUUUUCAUAAAAAAACUAAAAUACCACCACCCCUUAUUUAUUGGGCAGUUAUCGGAUCAUGCCUUCCCGGUCUAUUUAAUUGUCUUGCUUUUCUUUUCGAUCCUGCUAUUCAUAAUGCUUUACGAAAAGUUAAAAAAAAUCUCAUUGAUAAUUACGGUUAUGAGAAACCUGGACCUUCUUUACACAGUCCUCCUGCAUCACCAUCUUUCCCACCAACACCAACAAGUCCAUUUUUUAUGCCUCCAUCUUCACCAACAUUUUUAAAUAGGCCUAAUAAUCCAACAUCACCUCGUUCACCUGGUAUGCGUAUUUUAAUACCACCUUAUUCACCACAAAGAUCCGGUUUUUCGCCACUUGGAUCCGCUGCCCUCUCGCCACUUAAAUCACAAUUUUCACAAUUUGGCUCGAAUGCUACUCAAAACAAAAUGAAUCAAAAAAAAAAUCGUCCAAUUUUAAGAUGGUUCGUUAGAACAUUUUUAGACAAGCAAAAACUUCCCGUCAUACCAAAUGGUCUUUCGAUAAGUUCAGGAUCAGAUCGUGGACAUGCAUAUAGUUCUGCUACUGUUAAUUUUGGAACCUUAUCUGGUCAAAGUUACGGUCGUGAUUAUCGUAAUGGCGAAACACGUAGAUACAUGUAUGAUAUAUAUAAUAAUGCAAGUGAUAAACGAAGAAGCAAAUUCAUGAAGAGAAUAUCACGUGUCCUAGCUACACCUACCGAAGAACGUGACUUGGACUUUUCAAUAACAACGUCCACGGAAACAAUAGUUACAAGUAGUGAUUUGACAAAAUCAUUUGACUCUGAGACAAAAACGGUAGUUAAUCCUUCUAAAAAACCACCACGUCUUAACGACUCACCUCGAUUAGUCUAUGAACACAGUUAUGAUGGUAGUGGAUCAUUUUUGUUUCCUCCUGUGAUGGGGAAUACUACCAUCAAUAUUCAUGUGCAUCAAUAUCCUUCAAAUACUUUUAUUGAAGCUGGGCCGUCACGAUACGUCCAUCGCAGAUCUGAUUCUAAUGAUUCAACAAUAUCGAGAGAUUCAAUCGAUAAUGAAUUAUCAGCAUAUUAA